CGAAGCCGCGAGACGAGACAGCGAAAAUUACAGAGAGAAAUUAAAGAAGGAAAAAGGAGGAACCCGGAGGCCGGAGGAAUCCUAUUGAUCGAGGGCGAGGGGGAUCGCGGCGGCGGCGCACCGGAGGGGAGCCGUGGAGCGAUCAGGCGGGCAUCUGCGCCCGAUGUGGGCGUGGGGCCUCGCCGAGCGCGCCGCCGCCGGCCUCCUCGGACCCGCCGGCGUGAACGGCGGCCGCUGGAGUACCGCCGUCGCCGUCGGGGUCACGGCCGCCGCCGGCAUAGCGCUCGUCGCAAUCGUUGUCUCCUCCCGCAGGGGCGGGAUCAAAUCGCCGUGGCGGCGGAGGCGGCGUAAGCCUGCGCUUGCAUCCAAGGAAUGGCGCAGCUUGUUCACGCUCGAAGGGAAGUUUCACGACGGGGGCGUGAAGCUACUGAAGAGAGUUCGCAACGGAGGGAUUGAGCCGAGCAUCAGAGCAGAGGUGUGGCCAUUCCUUCUGGGAGUUUACAGCCUUGAUAGUUCAGAAGCUGAAAGGGAAGUAGUUAAGGUGCAGAACAGGAAGGGAUAUCUGCUAUUGAGGAAACAUUGCUUGCGAAAAAACAACGAAGAGAGCAAGCGAUCUAGUGAAACAGAUGGAGCCAACCAUGAAGAGCUCAUUUGUUCUGGCAAAGUUAAAGAAUCUGUCACUCCUGUUGGACCUGACGAACCUGAAAAACCUAGUGUGGAAGAGCAUAUCAUGCGUGAGGAAGAAAAUUCUUGUGUCAUUCUGAAGCAAGAAAUGCAGGAUGAGACAGCUCAAGCAAUCUUAGAAAACCAAACUGAUAAAAAUCUCUGUUCAUCUAUUUCUCGUGAUGUUGAUGAGAGUGAGAAAAGUGAUGUGACCGAUGCAGAAGCAUCCCGUAACGAUGUGGCUUCAGUGCACCAGUCUUCAGCUGAGGAUGAACAAGAAAGUAUGCCCAGAUAUUCGAACACAGGAGGAAAUAUGGAGCUUGAAAAUGAGUUAUCCAAGGCUGCCCGUCCUGUGAAGUCUGCACGGACAAUUGAGGAUUUUGACACCUGGCAACGGAUUAUUCGUUUGGAUGCAGUUCGUGCUAAUGAUGAAUGGGUUUCCUACUCUCCAUCCCAAGCUGAAGUUUCCAGGGAGAAGGCAAUUGAAUCUGCUCAGGCUGUUUGUCUCAAAGACUAUGAGCACUUGGAAUCACAUAGGAUCCAUCACGCGUCACGGCUUGUUGCAAUACUUGAGGCCUAUGCAACCUAUGACCCAGAAAUCGGAUAUUGCCAGGGCAUGAGUGACCUCCUCGCACCUUUGCUUGCUGUGCUUGAGGAUGACGAUGAAGCCUUCUGGUGCUUUGCUGGUUUCAUGAGGAAAGCCCGCCACAACUUCAGGCUUGAUGAAGUGGGUAUUCGCAGGCAACUCAACAUGGUGUCCAGGAUAAUAAAAAGCAAGGACUUCCGUCUUUACAGGCAUUUGGAGAUGCUUGAAGCUGCAGACUGUUUUUUUGUCUAUAGGAUGGUGGUUGUAAUGUUCCGAAGGGAGCUCACCUUUGAUCAGACCCUAAGUCUGUGGGAGGUGAUGUGGGCUGAUCAGGCAGCGAGCCGUGCUGGGAUUGCGACAUCAUCCUGGGGAAAACUUCGCUUAGCCGCCCCUCCAACGGAUGACUUGCUACUGUAUGCAAUUGCAGCUAGCGUACUGGAGAAGAGGAAGUUGAUAAUAGAGAGCUAUAGCAGUAUGGAUGAGAUCAUUAGGGACUGUAACAGCAUGGCUGGGCAACUGGACAUCUGGAAGCUCCUGGACGAUGCCCAUGAUUUAGUGGUGACACUACAUGACAGGAUCGAGUAGUCCUGAACUCCUGAUCUGCCCAUGCUUCUUUUGUAUGAUUUAUCACAGGUUUCAUUUUAUCAGACGUUGGUUAUAUCCGAUGUAUUUGUAUGCUCACUCAGGUUAUGGAUAGAAGUCCUGUCCCUGCCUCUCUCUCUCUCUCUCUCUCUCUCUCUCUCUCUUUGCUUGUUGAACCUCACCUGUGUGGCUGUUCUGUGCAAAUAGCAGAUUUGUUGGUCUUGCCAUCUGUUGGUAA